AUGCCGGCCGGCCUGUGCGCCGCGCGCACCUGUGCGUCUCUCGCCCUCUGUCUCCUGGGCAGCGGGGCCCAGGAUGUCGGGCCGCGCUUCAUCUGCACCUCGGUGCCCGUGGACGCCGACAUGAGCGCCGCGUCGGUGGCCGCCGGCGGCGCGAAGGAGCUCCGCAGCAACGUGGAGGAACUGCGGCACAACGUGCGGCAGCUCCGCGAGACCGUGCUGCGGCAGAAGGAGACCAUUCUGAACCAGAAGGAGACCAUCCGCGAGCUGACCACUAGGCUGGGCCGCUGCGAGAGCCCCAGCACGCUGGACGCGGGCGCCAGCGAGGCCCAGACGGGCGGCGGCUGCAAGCAGCCUGGCUCCGGCAAGAACACCAUGGGCGACCUGUCCCGGACGCCGGCCGCCGAGACGCUCAGCCAACUCGGGCAAACUUUGCAGUCGCUCAAAACCCGCCUAGAGAACCUCGAGCAGUACAGCCGGCUCAAUUCCUCCAGCCAGACCAACAGCCUCAAGGAUCUGCUGCAGAGCAAGAUCGAUGACCUGGAGAGGCAGGUGCUGUCUCGGGUGAACACUCUGGAGGAAGGCAAGGGGGCCCCCAACAACGACACCGAGGAGAGGGUCAAGAUUGAGAGCGCCUUGACCUCCCUACACCAGCAGAUCAGCGAGCUGGAGAAGGGCCAGAAGGACAACUGUCCUGGAGACAAGUUCCAGCUCACAUUCCCACUUGCGACCAACUACAUGUACGCCAAGGUGAAGAAGAGCCUGCCGGAGAUGUAUGCCUUCACCGUGUGCAUGUGGCCCAAGUCCAGCGCGGCGCCGGGGGUGGGCACACCCUUCUCCUACGCCGUGCCCAGCCAGGCCAACGAACUGGUCCUCAUCGAGUGGGGCAACAACCCCAUGGAGAUCCUCAUCAACGACAAGCUGGCCAAGCUGCCCUUUGUCAUCAAUGAUGGCAAGUGGCACCACAUUUAUAUCACCUGGACCACCCGGGACGGGGUCUGGGAAGCUUACCAGGAUGGCACCCAGGGUGGCAAUGGUGAGAACCUGGGGCCCUAUCACCCCAUCAAGCCACAAGGCGUGCUGGUGCUGGGCCAGGAGCAGAACACACUGAAUGAAGGAUUUGAUGCCACCCAAGCGCUCGUGGGUGAGCUGGCCCAUUUCAACAUCUGGGACCGCAAGGUGACCCCAGGAGAGGUGUACAACCUGACCACCUGCAGCACCAAGGCUCUUUCUGGCAACGUGAUCUCCUGGGCCGAGUCCCACAUCGAGAUCUACGGUGGAGCCACCAAGUGGACAUUCGAAGCUUGUCACCAGAUCAACUGA